CCCCAUAGUCGUCAAAAAUCACAUGAUCGCGUUCUCUUUAGACUUAGUGUUUUCUAAAAUUUUGUCAAUAGUUUUCUUCAAGGAAUUAAAAUGAAGAUUUGCGGACCUAAACUGUCGCUGUGUGGACUAAUUAUCAGCGUAUGGGGAAUUAUUCAGCUGGUUUUCAUGGGUAUCUUCUACCAUGUGAAGAGUGUGGCGUUAGCAGAAGAUCUCCCUGGUAUCCAUGAAAAGACAUUCAACACCAUCGACGAAUUUUACUCGGAAGCAGACAAGGGCUACAGUCUGAAUGCCAUGAACUGCUGGAUCGCGGCGUGUCUCUACCUCUUCACCCUCAUCGUCUCCGGGCACCAGUUCUACAUGAACAGUCGCUCAUCCCUGUAAAUGUGGAACUCAAAGAGAAACUAUUUGUUUAUAACUGAAAUACUUGUUUAUUAUAGAUCCCCCUUGGUUACGGUUUUCAUAUAAUAGAAGCUAGUGUUGAAUUAUUCCCUGUUGUAAAUUGUUGUGUAUAGUUGUAAAGAUUUUAAACUGUAGCGGGGUUCAUUUUAAAAGCACAAUUAUUCGACAAUGAAAAUUUUAAAUAGCCAGUGAGACAAAACCGCAUUUGUGUAACUUCUGUUGGGUAAUGAAAUUACGCCUCUCAGUAUUAUUCUAUCAUUUUCUUUGCUACCCUUUCUUCUUCUUUAUUGUUUAUUAUAUUUUUUUUUUUUUUGUAUUUGUGAUGAAUAUUGUAUCAACAAUCCCGUGAUUAUGUAAGUUAUUAAGUUAUAAGUGUUUUUGUGUAACAUUCCUUGAGUCAUUAAAGCAAUAUAGAAUAA